CUUAGCUCAAACUACCAAUUGUUGCAUAGUACUGAAACACAUGGAUCCUAAGUUCAAGGGAGAGUGGAGUACCUCUGAGAUCGAGAUGGUGAAAUCUCUCAUUGCAAGGGAAAAUGCCAACAACAAUUGCCCAAGUGAUAUGAACAAGAAGCACAAUCAAAUAGUGGAUGAGCUCCAAGCAUUGUUCCCUAGCAAGGAGAAGUAUCAGGUAAUCAACUUAUACAUUGAUGUCAUGGUGGACAUGACGAGAAAAUUGCAGAGUAGCAACCAGCAUGUGGAAGGAAGUAGCAACCUCAUGAAUCGACCCUUUGGGGUAUUUGUGGGGAAUCCAUAUCCAUCCAUGGGCAACAUGGAAGCAUUUGAUGGUUAUCAACAAGUAGAGAUGUCUGGCACGAGGAAUGUGAAGGAGACUCCACGAAGGAAGCCCACUCCACGGAAGGAGAGCCAACACAGUGGGAGGUUUUGGACCAUAGACGAGCAUAGGCAAUUCCUCCGUGGUCUACAUGUGUACGGUCGUGGAAAUUGGAAGAACAUCUCUAUCAACUUUGUUACCACCAAAACCCCAGUGCAAGUUUCCAGCCAUGCUCAAAAGUACUUCCUUAGGAAAGAAAAUCGCACCAAGAAGCAGCGUUAUAGCAUCAAUGACAUUGGACUUUAUGAUGUUGAGCCCUUGCCGCAGAAAAAUACUUCUAUCUCGGAGGGGACCGCCUUUGGUGGAGGAGUCUACAACACAAAUCAGUAUAGCUUUGGUGGACAUACUACUUCCAUGAACAAUGUCCAGGCUUGGUCACCAUUCUCAUACCACACUGGCCAUAGAAGUAGAAGCAAUAGCCAGAUGGGCACCUUGGCUAUUGGCCAGCAACAAGAGCAGAUGGGAACUGGUAUUUCUUUAGUGGCUCCUACUAUGGAAGCAAAUGGAGGCCAAUUGGACUGGACUAGUGAUCAGUUGGGAGAUCUUCUUGAUACUCAGUGGAUGAUGAAUGCAGACAUGAACUAGGUUUUAUACAUCAUCUAGUAUGCCAAGUUCCUUUGUGGCCUAUUUGUUCAUCCUAUAUAUGUGGGUUAAGAAUCAUAGUAUUCUCUUAUGCUAAGUGUGAGCAGCUUUGCUGUAAUGAAAUAUUGUAUUCUCAUCCUAUACUUCCAAAUAUAUGUGUCUUGUUUCAUUGUUGUGUUUACUUAGUUUGGUGUAUUGGCUAUGUCAGA